AUGGUGUGGGACGCCGACGAGUACAAAGCCGAGGACGACCUCCAGAGGGACACGAUCUCUGCCAAGAACUCCCUGGAGUCCUACGCCUUCAACCUGAAGAGCAGCGCGCAGGACGAGAACCUGAAGGGCCAACUGGGCGCCGAGGACCAGAAGACGCUGCUGGAGACGUGCGAGGAGACCAUCGCCUGGCUGGAGAACAACCAGCUGGCCGACAAAGACGAGUACCGACACAAGCAGGAAGAGCUGGAGGACGUGUGCAACCCCAUCGUCAGCAAGUUGUACCAUGGGAGGGAGGCCCGCAGGAGGCUGUGGGGCGCAGGCUCGAGCCGGCUCCCAGGGGCCCACCAUCGAGGAGGUGGACUAAAGGGUACCCUUCAUGAGGACUAAAGGGUACUCUUCAUGAGGACUAAAGGGUACUCUUCAUGAGGACUAAAGGGUAGUCUUCAUGAGGACUAAAGGGUACCCUUCAUGAGGACUAAAGGGU